AUGAAAAUGUGCUUUUGGAACGUAGCAGGACUAAUAGGCAAAGACAAGGAGGUGUGGGAGUACUUAAAGACAUUUGACGUAAUCGGACUCACAGAAACAUGGACACAGGAAAGCAAUUGGGAAAAAGUAAAAUACAGACUACCCAAAGAAUUCGAAUGGAAAUGUAGGGCAGCAAGGAGAAUAAGGAAGAAAGGAAGAGCAAAAGGGGGUAUAAUGACCGAUAUAAAAAAGGAAUUGAAAGAACUGGAAUACAAAGAAAUAAGUGAUAAUAUGGUGGAAAGAAAAAUAGCAUACAAGGAUAAGACGUUCAAGAUAAUAUGGGUCUAUAAUCAGGACACAAAAGGGACAUGGGAAGAAAUAGAGGAAAAAGUAGACAGAAGAGAAGAGGAAGUGAUGAUCAUCGGCGGAGACUGGAACGCAAGAACGGGAGAAGAGGGAAGGCAGAUAAACGAGGACCCAGGGAAAGAAAGAAGCAGGCGAUCAAAAGACAAGACAAUAAACGCGGAAGGAAGAAUACUGCUAAGGUAUUUGGAAGAGAGAGGCUGGAUGAUAAUCAAUGGCAGAGAUAAAGAAGGAGAGGAGUGGACUUAUAUUGGAGAGAGAGGAAACUCAGUAAUAGACUAUUUGAUCGGAAACCAGGAGGCGACAGAAGAAAUAAUUGACAUGAAGGUAAGAAAAAGAACAGAGUCGGACCAUAUGCCACUAGAGGUAGAAAUAGGGGGGCCAGAACUACAAAGAACCGAAGAAAGGGAAGAAAAAGAGAAGGAGAGAAGGGAGUGGAGAAGGGAAAGCAUGGAAAAGUACCUGGAGGAAUGCAAAGACUGGACCUACGAGGGGAGAACAGUAGAGGAGCUGUGGAUAGAAAUCAAAAACGAAAUAGAGGAAGCAAUGCCAAAGAAGAAAGUGAAGAUAAGGAAAUGGGGCAUGGAAGAGAAUGUGUGGCACGACAAGGAGUGGAAAGAGAGGGAAAGAGAGGUGAGAAGGAAGAUGACAAAGUUGAGGAAAGGAAAAUGCAGCAGAGAAGAGCUAAUGGAGGAUAAAAAGGCAUUCAAACAAUGGAAGAUUAAAAAAGAACAAGAAGCAUGGAAGUACAUAAACAAGUAUAGAAGAAGAAGAGAGGGCAUAGAUGAAGAAAUAAGCGAAGAAGAGUGUAAGAAUCACUUUAUGAAGAUUUUAGAAGGAAAAGAGCACAAAGAGGACAGAAAAACGAAGGAACAUGGAGAGGAAGAGAAAAUAAGAAAGGAGAGGGAAGAUAAUAUAGAGAAGGAAGAGGUGAUAUACCAACUAAGAAAACUGAAGGAGAAGGCAACGGGGGAGGACGGGCUAGAAAAUGAGGUAUGGAAGUAUGCACCGAAGGAAGUGAGGGAGGCGUUAUGGGAGCUAUUAAGGAAAAUAUGGAAUGGGGAAGGGAUACCGGAAGAUUGGAAAAAAGGUGUAAUAUGUCCGAUAUACAAGAAGGGGGACAAGAGAGCAGCGAAAAGUUAUAGGGGAGUAACAUUAAUGGAUACAGCAUACAAGAUCUACGCAGGGAUACUGGACGAACGGCUGAAGGCAGAGAUUGAAACCAAACUGGAAGAGAGCCAAUUCGAAUUCAGAAAAGGAAGAGGAACGAAAAACUUUACACGUGCCAUUGAGAAAUUAAAGAUUACACAGCUGGGUUAUCUUUUUGACGAGGAGUGUAUCUCUGGUGAUAUUGAGGAUAUGCAAUACAAUGUAUAUGUUGCUAUAAAGCAAGGGCAUGAAUAUGAUGUUAAACUGCUGCUACAAAAAGGCGCAGAUACUAACAUUCCCAAUAACGAUGGUAAAAACAACUAA